AUGCAAAGAAUCCUUGGUUUAUUUUGUGUAUUAAUCUGUUUUUUUGCUACGAUUAAUGCACAAGUAGAUUUUUACCGCCCGUUGGUUCCGAUUCACUGUAAUUCGGUACAAAAGUGCCCUGAAGAGUGGCCAUGCUGUUCCCCAUACGGUGAAUGUGGGUCAGGUCCUGUUUGUAUGGGCGGUUGCAAUCCGAGGUUUUCUUAUAACGAGACGAGUUGUGCUCCUAUGCCUGCGCUGGUGCCACCUAAUAACAUCGAAUAUUCCUCUGCGCCUCUUUCGGCACUUGAUGGUAAGGAAGACGCGGCACAGCUUGAGAGCAGAGGACUGCUUCACUUCAAUAAGUAUUUGAUUUCAGAUGUUCAGAGCGACGCUAGAUACAUGCUAGAAAACAUUGCCUUCACAUACAGUGGACCAACAAGCAUCCACCCGCAAACCGGCGAUAUUGUUCUUUCAAUGCCCAGGGGCUCUAGCGGCUGUCUGCUGGCUGCCACAAGGUAUUUCCUCUACGGUAGAAGCUCGGUACGCAUGAGAACUGGGAGAUCAAGAGGCGUGAUCUCUUCGGUCGUCAUAAUGUCCGCAGUGGGAGACGAGAUCGAUUUUGAAUUCCUUGGAAGUGAGCUCUACCAAGUGCAAUCUACUUAUUACUAUCGUGGUGAACUGAUCUACAACAAAAUGCUGGAGGUUCCAGUUUCGUCAGACACCAAUGCGAACUACCACGACUACGAAAUUGACUGGAACGAACACCGAAUCCACUGGCUUGUAGACGGUAGGAUCGUGAGAACGUUAUAUAAGGAGGACACCUGGGAUGAGGAGUUGGGAAUUUAUAAGUACCCACAAACGCCUAUGAGAUUGGAAGUUGCUUUAUGGCCUGGAGGCUUAGCAAGCAAUCAUCCGGGUACAAUUGAGUGGGCUGGUGGCCUAAUUGACUGGGACAACUCUCCUGAUAUGAUCGAAAGCGGAAAAUUCACCGCGCAUAUAAAGUCUAUGACUGUUGUUCCAUACACGAAUAGAUACAUCUCAGCCAUUAACCGGUGUAUGCGGCGAGAACAUAACAUUGCAUAUGACUAUAUCAUGCCACCGGACGGCAUAUUCGAUGAGGCUUCUUUUGCAAUAUACUGUGGUCUGAUCCCAAAUAUCAGGAAAUGGUCCGAUUCUGGCUUCAGCAUACCAAGGAAUCCAAUUCAAGCGGCUCGCUGGUCGGGAAAGGUCUUCAUGUCGGGAAAGGCCUUUACGCCAGUCAACACUGAAACAGAUUUCGUUCAAAAUAUAAACGACCUGGCUUCUUUGCCCAAUGGAACUAUGAUUUACAACAAAACUCAAGAAAACACUUUCAGCACCGAGCAAAAAUCAUCCGGUGCUUCUACCAUGGCACAGAACAAUCCUCUCAGGAAGAUCAAGGGGUUGGCAUCAACGUUUUGGGUAUCUUAA